CUAAUGACAUUUAAUGUAAAAAAGAGUCAGAGCAGUCAGUCAGACUGUUGUAGUCUGUUCUGCACAUUCACAUUGUUCUUUUAAUCAUGGCUGAUCUCCUGCUGCUAGUCGUUCUCAUGUAUUCUUUUAAUGAAAUUAAGGCACAAGAUCUUCGUCCACCUAAACUGACAGUGAGCCCGCUGAUGAUCACAGAGACAGACUCAGUUACGCUGAACUGCCAGAAUCCUCUUCCUAUCUCUGAGUGUUAUUUCAUCAUUUCAGGAUAUAAAAUUGAUAAAACAGCUCCUUGUCUGCAGACUCUGACAGGAUCUAAAUUUCUGUCAUGGACACAUGAAAGUUCACCUGUUACGGUUGAAGUGACCUGUUAUUACCUUUUAGCAUAUAAAUCUCCAAUAAGUAACAUGUCAGCAAUCACCAUACAACCUCCUCGGCCUGAACUGACAGUGAAUCCACGAACGAUCAUAGAAACAGACUCAGUCACAGUGAACUGUCAGACUCCAUCAUCUGUUUCUGUGACUCAGUGUUUUUUGUACUUUGUGAGAGGAAACAAAUCUACGUCCAUCUCCUGUCAGCAGAGACUUAAUGGAACUGAGCUCCUCUCUAUGGCAGAGCAGAGCUCGUCUGGUGAGGUUGAAGUGACAUGUUUUUACAUGACAGAGCGUAAAGGAAGACAAUACCAGUCUCCUCACAGCAACACAUCUUCAAUCAACAUACAAACUACUCGACCUGAACUGACAGUGAAUCCACGGAUGAUCACAGAAACAGACUCAGUCGCACUGAAUUGUCAGGCUCCAUCAUCUUUCUCUGCGACUCAGUGUUUUUUGUACUUUACAAGAAGAAGAAACUCUACACCCAUCUCCUGUCUGCAGAGUUUAAGAGGAACUGAGCUCCUCUCUUUGAUACAGCAGAGUUCACCUGCUGAGGUGGAAGUCACAUGUUUUUACAUGUCACAACAUAAAGGAGAACAAUACCAGUCUCCUCACAGCAACAUAUAUUUCAUCAGUAUACAAACUGAAAAAAACACUUUGACCUCUGCUCCUCCUACUUCUAUAAACUUCACAAGCGACACAGUCACGAGGGACACAACUAUUGUAGACUUUACUUCUACAAAGCUCAGCACUAAAAGGACUACUUCUUCUGUCACUACACCAAGGAUAUCUUCAGUACCUUUUAAACUUCUACCUGUAAUUGCAACUGGUUUUGGUGUAGUCGUGGGCGUCAUCUCACUGGGAAUGGCUCUAGUGUGUGUGAAAAAAAGAAGUGGUGAUUUUUCAAGCACAAGAAAAACUGACAGAAGAGGAUGGAUGUCUCCAGAUGAUACUGAAGCCUUCAAUAUGACCAAUUUAGUCCCUGGUGAUGACCCACCUAAAGGGUCUGAUCAUCUAAACAGAAAAGAGUCUCAAACUGAGAAUUCUUCUGUAUACCACUUGUACUCCACCAUCCCUGAGGAGCCAGAUGAAACACCUACAACGAAAACAGAACUGGCGUACAGCACUCUACAGCCACACUGAAGCAUAUGAAAAAAUACUGAACUGGAAAAAAACAAAAACAAAAGAUAAGACUAUAUGGCCAUUACACACUCAAGCCGUAUAGACAAGGCAGGAGAUGUUUUUCUUUUUUUAUGUAGGAAUCUCACCCGGAUAACUUUUCUACUUCAGCUUUCAAAUUGUAUUAAAGACAACAAUUUUCAAAAGAUUAACAUACCUUUUUUUAUUUUGGUGUCAGCCCAUAGCUUUGUAUUAACAGUGCAAUGUGUUAUUCAAGCAGCAUUUGUGUUUUUCUAACUUUUUUUUCCCCAAGAUUUAUUUUUGUUUUUAUUUUAAUAACAAAAGCUGUUACAGAAUACUCAUGGCACAUAGUAAAUAUCUACAACUCAUUACAAUAUAAUAAGUUAUUGUCACUGCAGAAACAAAAGUGUAUAUUUUUGUAUCCAUGCCAUUCAAGGAUGAUUUCAAGCAUCAGAAAACCAAACACAAAAAAUAAUCACAAUAUUGGUAAUUACGACAAAAAAGAAUAGGUAGGAUUGGAGUAAGACAGUAGAAGUUUUUGUCUUUUGGUUUAAUUCUGUUCAGUAGGUAAGUUUGUUCAAUCCUGAAGUAGUCUCCCUUUUUUUGUUUUGGCAUUAGGUCCACCCUGAGUUGUAAUCACCCAUAUGGAAAAGAACAUUUCAUACAUUGUUUUAGUAAGUAUCCAAAACGUACAAGUUUCAUUAUAUAAUUUUUCAAGGGAUCUUAUAUCUGU